GUUUAAAGCCCCUUGCUCGAAAAAAUCAGAAAAUUUUAAUCGUCUCCAAAAUAAUCAUUGGUUUAAGCACUUAUUUAAUCCUUUACAGUCCUAAUUUCUAGUUAUUGUAGUUAAAAUGAGUCGAGAGCUGUCACUCGCUAAUUUGGAAAUAUAUUUGGAUCAAGCAUCGGACCCAUCAAAGGAUGAAUUUGAUAUAUCUGCACUGGAUGCAUUUUGUCUAUUGGUCAAGAAAGAGCCGGAAUUGAAUGCAAAUGCAACGAGAAUUUUAGCAAACAAAAUUCAGUCACAAAAUGUCAAAGAAAGCCUUUAUGCUUUAGACUGUUUAGAAGAAUGUAUGGAUAUACUGGGAACGAAUUUUCACAUUGAAAUCAAUAAAUUCAAGUUUUUAAAUGAAUUGAUUCGUUUAGUCAGCAAGAAAUUCCUCGGCGAUAAAACUCCGUUGGAAAUACAAAAUAGAAUUUUGGACAUUCUAUUUACAUGGACUGACAAAUAUCCAGAAUUAGGCAAGAUAAAGGAAGCAUAUACAAUGUUGCGUACACAAGGAGUUGUUCAUGAGCCACAAAAGAAUGUGAUAGCACCAAGUAGAAAGUCAACAGACAGCACAUUAAAAUUAAUGGAAUCAGAAAAGUUUAAGAGACUUCUUCAAAGUCGAAAUCAAAAGGAUAUUGAGGCAGCUAAUUUAAUGAUUCAAAAUAUGGUCCGCGACAAUGACAGGCGCAUUCAGAUUCAAAAUCGUCGUCUUAUGGACCUUCAAAGUGCUAAUGAGAAUGCAAUUUUACUAAAGGAAAUGCUUGAUGAAAUUGAUGUUAAUAAUGCUAGCGAAGAUACGUUAAGUACACUCCAAGAAAUUUAUAAAAAUUGUUUAAAAUUGAAGCCAACUGUUUGCCGAUUAGCAGAAGAAUCGCAUGACUCUGAGACCUUUAUGAAUAAAAUUUUGGAAACGACUGAUUUAAUGAAUCGAACGAUUGAAAAUUACACAGCAAUUAUAAUUAACAAAAUUCCGACUCAAAAACCAACGAAAACUACAACAACAAAUUUACUGGAUGUAGCUGAGAAUUCUGGGGAAGCUUUGGCUACUCAGGAAUCCUCAAAUGGAACGCUUAGUGAAUUAAAUGAUAUAUUUUCAUCAUCUACAACAUCUCCGUUAAGUGCUCAAAUUGAUAACAUUUUAUUGACACCACAAGUUAUGAUGUCACAGCAAGCUUCCAGCAAUAAUAAUAUUGAUAUUAUGGCACUGAUAAAUAGCCAUAAACCGGCAAAUAAGGCAAUUAGUGAUGAUUUACUCGGAAAUUUUAAUGAUUCGACAAUUCAAAGUCCUACAAAAGUUGCUAGUGAGAAGCCAAAAGCAACACUAAGUGAGUUGGAUUCAAUUGUAAGUGGGAUGAAAACUAGACUUCUUGUAUCUGGAUCUGAAGAGCAAGUCACACCGAUUGAGGACACUCCAAAAUCAAUUAAUGACGAUGAUGUGAAGAAUUUAAUUUGUGAAACUCCACAAAGUGAAGUUCCACCUGAAAUUAAGGAUAGUUUCAUUGUUACUCAGCCACAGAAAGUAGCACUAAAAGACCUACAUUUAGACUUAUCCAACAUCCAGCCAAGCGAGAUUGAAGCACCACGAACAAUUUUAGAAGAGACAAAAGGUUUAAAAGUCAUUGUCAAUUUUACUUCAGACCGACCAGCAAAAGAUGUUGUUGUCUUGGUUAUUUCAGUUAUUAAUCAAGGAAGUGCUGCAAUUAAUAACUUUACAUUCGAUGCAAGUGUCUCAAAACCAUGCAAAUUGAGAAUUUUAGAAGCUUCAGGACGCGACUUGCCGGCUUUAAAGCCAUUUAAGCCACCGACAGAAACUAUUAAUCAAGUAGUAUUAUUGCUAAAUCCAACACAACAGCCCAUUAAUAUGAUUGCUAUUCUUACUUACAAUGUACAAGAUGAUGAUGACGAAGAAAAAGUUUCAAUUGAAGUCAAAGACAUUCCUUUUACUAGUUAGACAGUUUUUUUUUAAAAUUAUUUUGUAUGCUUCAUGUUCGUUAACAGCAUAAAUAUUGAUCUUCAUGCUUGAAAAAUGACUAAGUUAGUGACUGAAGAAGAAAGGAAAAAACAUUUAUUAUUAUUAUUAUUUU